AUGAAUAGUGAGGUUAAGACGAAUUAUAAUUUUUCUGUUAAGAACGUGAAUUUUUUUAAGAAUGCAUUAUCCUUAUUAAUUGUUGACGAUAAUAAGGGUAACAUAAAUUUUAAAAAAAAUAAUAGUAGUAAUAUAAUUGAGAGGGAAUGCCUUAUUUUAUUUAAUUUAUAUCAUGAUGGUUUAAUGCUUAGAAGUUUAUCAAAAUGUAAACAGAUAUAUUGUUUUUUAUAUAUGGAUUCGAAUUGCUUCUCUAGCUUUAAUAUAUUUGAAAAGGAUAUAGAAGAGACAAUAAUCUAUGAAAAUAACAAUGUGUGUAAAAAAAGGAAAAUUAAUAAUCAUAAUAUAAAUGAUGAUGAAAAAAAAAAUAUUACAGAUGAUGAAAAAAAAAAUAUUACGGAUGAUGAAAAAAAAAAUAUUACGGAUGAUGAAAAAAAAAAUAUUACGGAUGAUGAAAAAUAUAUUAUAGAUGAUGAAAAUAAUAUGAGAAAUGAUAAAAAUAAUAUAAGAAAUGAUGAAAAUAAUAUGAGAAAUGAUAAAAAUAAUAUAAGAAAUGAUAAAAAUAAUAUGAGAAAUGAUGAAAAUAAUAUGAUAAAUUAUAAUUACACUAUAAAAAAUUGUGACAAUUAUUUUUCAAUUAAUUCAUAUGAUAAAAAGAAAAAAAAAAAAUUUCUUAAAGAAGAAACAAAUAGUAUAAAUUCUGAUAACUUAUAUACUGGUCAUGCAUUUGAUGAAGAAAAUGAAGUAAUUAAAUUAAAAUCAUUAUCACCAUUAAAAAUAAAUGAUAAUGAAAAAUACGAAAAGGAAAAUGAAUAUAAUAUUAGGAAAAAAAUAUAUGAAGAAAUUGAUGAAAAAAAAAAUUAUUUUGAAUUCCUUGUAUCACCUUUUGAAUUAUUAAGAGCCUUGGAAUUUUUAGAUGCAAUUAUUUUAAAUAUAAAAUUUGAUUAUACAGAACAUAAAUUAAUAUUCAAGUUAACAGAUGAAGAUGGUGAUACAUCUGAAACUUUUGUAAAAAUUGUAGUAGAUUAUUAUUCUGAAAUAUAUAAAUUAGAAAAAUACACUUUUCAAAGUAAUAAUUAUAAUUACUUUUCCUUACAAUCAGAAAUAUUGUCUUUCUACCUCGAAUAUCUAAUAAAAUCGAAUGAUCAAUAUAUUACUUUUUAUAUAAAUGAGUAUAUAAAUGAUACUACAUGUAUACUAAAAAUGGAAACGAAAAAUAAAAAUUACGAAAGAGCUGUUCAAUUAAUGCCCAAAGAAAAUUUUGAUGAAUAUAAAAGUUUAAAAAAUGAAACAUUUAAAUACAGAAUUAAAGAUAUAUCAAAAAUUAAUCAGGCAUUAAAAAUAAGUUCCCAUGUUCGUUUGGAUUUUCAAGAAAAUGGAUUACUAAGAUUUCAAUUUACUCUAAAGGAAUAUAAUAUGAAUGGUACUCAUUUAUGUUACUUUAUACAACCUUUAUCAGAUUUAACUUGA